UCGACAACCGAAGAGUGACCCUUCGCAGUUUUAAACAAACCUUAGUUAUAUACAUGUUAAUUAUUUGUCUCCAUUUUUGGACAAACCUCUAUAAUUCUAAUUUUUUUGAAUUCAUUCCAUAUUUUUUCAACUGCAUCCAAUAAAAUUGUCAAAAAUGAAGUUGACAUUACUAUUUGUUGUGAUUUGUGUCGUUACUUUUGCAGAAGGAUAUCGUUUUGAAGAAGACCCGGUAGAUAAAUUGGGAGAUGCGCUAGGCCGCGGACUCAACAAGGCUGAAGACGUUUGGGAUGAUUUAAACGACAGAAGUCCAUUCGAAAAAUUCCUGAAAAGACUGGGACGAGCUGGUAGAGCGCUUGGAAUGGACCCACAAGCAUUUAUAAUUAUGGUCGCUAUAAUCGCAUUAAUAUUGAUUAUAUUACUUCUGAAAUGUUGUUGUUGUCGUCAACGGCCCACCGUUAUAUAUGCAACGGCAUCGCCAGUGGUCUCCUUACCACCAUACAAACGUAUGACUUAAAGUAAACAAUUCCGAAUGCAUGCAUUUAGUUCGAUGCCAAAUUGUAUGCCAAACAAAUUAAAUACACAUCAUAAAUUUUGUAAAAAAUGAGAACGAAAUAAAUUUCGCAUUUUUUUCUAUUUUGAAUAAAAAAAAAAAUUUUGUUU